CAUAAAUAUAUGACGUCAUUCCAAACUUCACAAGACGGAAAAAUGUCACUACCAUCACAACCUCAAGCUUAUGGAGCUGGCAUGGCUGGAGGGUCGUUUGACCCUGUCGCCUUCAUUAAGAGACCCCAGGUUAUUCUCAGGAUAGUUAGCUGGGUGUUUUCUAUAAUAGUGUUUGGAUGUAUAUCUGCUGGCGGAUACUACCGAGACCACUGUCAGAUGCGGGACAGUGGAGCAUGUGGCUAUGGUAUAGGUAUUGGGGUGAUGGCUUUCCUGUUCUGUAUAGCAUUCCUUAUCAUUGAUGUUCUCUUCGACAACAUGAGCAGUGUUCAACACAGAAAAUAUGCUGUCCUUGCAGAUCUCAUUGUAUCUGCUUUGUGGACAUUUCUGUGGUUUGUGGGUUUCUGUUUCCUGACAGAUCAGUGGAGACGAAGGGAAGAGAAGCCAGGGUAUAUUGCACCACAUGGUCAUGGCAAGGACAACAUUCAAGCUUCAAUAGCAUUCUCUUUCUUCUCCAUCUUCACAUGGGCUGGAUUAGCAUUCUUUGCAUUCAGAAGAUACCGUGAGGGAACAUCAGAGUCUCUUUCCUCUGGUUACCCUGACAACCAGCCGCAGACCCAGUCUUCACCAUAUUCAUCGUUCCCUGGAAGUGACGCAAGCGAUCCCUACCAACAACCUCCAUUUGCUGGCCAGAAGAGUGGGGAUAUCCCCGAAUACCAGGCCCCUACUUACUAGUCAUGAUUAUGAUGUUAGCUAUAAUACUAAAAUUAUAUAUUCCAUUCAUUGUAAAAUUAUUUUUACUUUUUUGAAGAGAUUAAGUUUGUUGUUUUAAUACUAGGGAGAUAAUCCUUUUUGUUUUGUGAAAAGGCAUGAACAAUAUUUGUUUGUAAUAAGAAACAGUGCAGGGUUAUGGUUAGGAUGGUGAAUAUUGAUGAUAAGGGUAACAUAUCAUGGUCUGGACAGAGUCAGCAGGGGGUCAGAUACUGUGUUGGAACAGGGCAUCAUGAGAAAAUCUCUCGACCCACAAAUAUAGUCAGUUGAUCCACAAAUAUAGUCAGUCGGGAGAUCAAAGUUAGUAUUAAAGUACAAGUACUUGAGUUUUAGAAAUUAAAAAUAAAUAGCAAGUUUCUGGAAGAUUAUCAUUAUGACCAUGUUUUGUAUCAUGGGGAAAAAAAUAUAAUAUUUCUUCUUUGUUUAAGCAGGUAAUUAUUUUAGUGCCUCAUAACCGAAAGUUGUGGUAAUGGUUUGAAAUUUCAUUACUAGUUUAAAGGAGGAACUUAAUUAAUUUAAGGAGAAAACUUUUUUGUAUGUUUUUUAAGUGUAUGUUAACAAAGAUUGACAAAAGCUUUUAGACUAACUUCAGCUAUAUCUAGUUUUUAAAGAUAAUUCAGUAUUUAGAAUAACCUAAUAUUUAUGAUAAUUUUAAACAUGGUUGUAGCAGUAUCUUUUUUUUAUUUUGUUUAAUUUAUUAAAUUAAUAUAGUGCAUUGUUGAAUACCUAACAAUUACUAGAAAUAAUGCUUUUGAGGUAUAUUUUCUGCAUAUAAAGUUAAUUUUUAUCUUUGAAUCUGAGAUGAUAGUGAUGGUAAAGUUUACAACGCAAUAAAAGUUUUUUUUUGUUUUUUUUUGUAACUUUGAAAUUUUUGAAAAUUUAACAUUUUUUAAAGUUUGUUCAACCUUGUCAAAUUUUAAUCAAUGUAGCCUGAAUCAUUGAUGUAUGAAUAUUAAUGAUUGAUAAUUUCAUAAUUGAUUGCAUAUAGUCAUAUUGUAAGUUUCCAAAUAGUAAAAAUAUGCCUGAAAUCGCUUACUGUACAUAUAAACUCGGAUUUUAUUUUAUAUAUGUAUUUUUUUCAUUGCUUAUGACUUACUUAAUGACUUUCAUUGUGGCUUGUAAAGAAGGUUUCAAAACAUCUAGAUAAUCUGUGCUUUUUCCUUUGUGCUCACACAUUUUAUUUGCUAUUAUUUGUAAAAUGUUUUCUUUUUUUAUUUUGUUAUUUUAUUUGUUGUUUUUCUUUUGUUCUUAGAGGGUUAGCCUUGCCCUAAAAACUGGUUGUUAAGAAGCUAUUUAUGUUUAUUAUAUUCUAUGUUACUGUUAGGAUAAGAUUUCUGUGGGUUUGACCUAAUUUCAUUCCAUUUUCUUUUCACAUAUGAAUUUAUUUUAUAGAUCAGAGUAAAUCCUUAUAGUUUGUAAUGUUAUGAAAAAGUUUUGUGAUUUUAAACCAUGCCAAAAUUAAACAAUGUAGAGGGUAUUGUAUACAAGAUAAACACAGAUGGAUGCAUUGAGUUUCAUACAACUUAUUAUGGAAGAAAAGCCUGAAAAUCAGAACUUUGACGUUUUGAUAGAAUAAAAAUAAUGAAUGAAAAAAUUAAUAAAUGAAUAAAAAUGAAAAAUAUCUAAAAUUACUGUAGGUUAUAUGUCCAGUUAAUAGGACUAACAUGCUAAAAAUAAAUGAUAGGAAUGUUUGUAAAGAAGUAAUGAUGAAACCAUUGAAAUAUAAAGGGUAUUUACAUAAUGAUAUAAGCGGUUGUGGUUUUCAUUAGAUAGAUACAGAUCCUUUUUUUUUAUCUUUAUACAAGUGUAUAAGUUUAUGCUUGCAAUAGCAUGUUAAUCUUGUAGCUUUUACAUGUAAGUUAUAGAUAAUCACGACUAAUGUUAACAUUCUAUAUCAUGUAUUGAGAUGUAUUGUUCUUUAUGUUAAAGAAUUGAAAUGGUUGCUUUGCAUAUGUGUGUCAUGCGUUCAUUGGUGUUUUUUUUCUGCUUACAAUUUCUGUUAGAUUACAUUAUUAUGUUUAUGUUUGUAGUUUGUUAAAGAAAUUUUUUUCAUGAUUUUGUACUGAGAAUAAUUAUUAGAUCUACAAUUUACAUAUUAGACGAGAAAUAUAUAAAAAUCUUGAUGCAGCUUGAUUUACAUUAAUAAUCAAAAGCAUAAUAUUAAAAUAUACACAGAAUAUCCCAAAAUCUUUCUAAGCAAUUUGUUUUUUUGUAUACAUGUUUACAUUGUUACUUCCAAGAAGAUCUUUAUGAAGCUGUUGCUUGUGGAAUAAAUCGGAAACUUAUGCCUACAUAUUAUGUAUCAUUUAUAUAGAAUACAUUAUGUUCAUUUGAUUAAAACCAGCUUAAGUACUUGUAUAUGCAUGUAUACGAUGAUAUUAUAUCAUACUGGCAAAAGAUGUGUUUACUUAACAUAUUAAUAUAGUCCAUUCAUAUGUACACUUAACUUACUGAUAGUGUUCAUACAUGUGUGACAAAUGAUGACAUAUUUUCAGUUUUAUUAUAACUUUUUAUACUGAUUUGUGGAAGAGCUGUAAAAUUCUUAUUGUUCCUCAUUUUAGACACAAAAUUUGAAUCCAAGUAGAAAAGUUUAUAGAAGUUAAUCAUUUACUGCAAAUACAAUUAUUUUAAAGCUGGUUUUUGUUAUGUUUGUAAGUGAAAGUGCCAUUAUGAGCACAGAAGUCCAUUCCAGAAAUGCCAUUCCAUCUGUAUUUAUUUACCUUAUGUUUAGAUAGUUUAUAAUAAUUUUGUUGUGAUAUUUUACAUUUAUUGUUAUCUUCCUUCUCUCUAUCUUUCUGAGAAAGGGGGAUAAUUCAUUCUAUCUUAUUGUAUAAGCAAUACUUUGCUGUGUGGUCUAUGUAAUAUAUUGUCCCCCCUUUAGCACUGCAUAGAUAGAUAUAUAUAUGUAUAUUUAAGUACCUUUAAACUAUUUACUAACCAGUCAUGUUCAAUCAUCUAUUUAUAACAAUAUUAUCACUCAUCACCGAUGUUGUAUAGAGUCUUUACCUUUUUGAAAUGUUGAUCCUGUCAGUUGCUGAUGUCAGGCGGUUUUCAAGCCCAAAGUCAGCCUUGAAAAGUAGAUUGGCUCUAAACAGCUAGCUUGCACCUGCCAGAUUUACUUCUUAACACUCUAGAAAAGAGUAAAAACCAUCAAACAGUUUCCAACAUCAGGAUUUUGUUUAGAUUAACUGAACCAGUUUUUGUUAAGCAUUUAUGUAAAUAAUGACAUCUGGUAAACUGGAUUGAACCUUUGUAAUGUUAUUGGUGUCUGUGAAAGUAAACCCUACAACAGGUAACUUGUUUAUGAUUUAUAUAAAAUGCUCUUUAUUUAAAGAGGUACAAACUAGCUUGAAACAAAAGCAAAACUGAAAUAUAAAUGAUGUAUUUUAGAAAAUACUUAGUAAUCAAUUACCACAGAAAUAUUUCUAAUUUAGCAGUGAUCAUCGAUUUAUAUGUUACAUUAAUUCAUUUAGUGGAUGUUGUUUUCACUCUUAGACCAUUAUGCACUCAUUUAUAUAUACACUAAUAAAAUGUCCAUUAAGGUUUGAUACAUGUAUAGUGUACACAUUAACAUGCAGGCAUUGAGAAGUUUGUCAGUAAAUUUAGGUUUGAGAAAAUAUUAAUCUUGAAAUUUUGAGGUUUUCAUUAAAAACCUAUUAUCAUAAACAUUUGUAACAAGUUAAAAAAAACCUAUCAUCACAAGUUAAAAAACCUUGUUUAUAAAUGACUCUUUGUGAAACUGGGUAGUUUUUUUUCCACGCAAUAUGUUUUAAUAAGACAAAAGAUGCAUGGUUACAAAUUGAUUGCUUUUUAAAUCUUGGCAGCAGCUUAUGCAAUCAACAUGCAGAAUAUGAUUAACACAGAAAAACAUAUAUGCAAUAUUUUGCUGAAACUAUGUUGCCAGGAAAUAACGCCAUGAAUUGGUUUUGUUUUGUUGCCAGCCUGUGUGAAACAUUGAAAAUAAAUUAUCACAGAAAUCAUAUCAUUAAGCUUUUGGCAUGAAGUAUAGAAUUGUAUAUAUCAGUAUUAUAAGUAGUGAAGUGUCAUAUUUUUCCUAUACAUAUGUCUGUUCAAUUAAAAAAGUGUACUUGGCAUUUUAAAGAAAUUUUAUCUCUUUUAUAAGUGAGGUUAUGUCAUACAUACAGACAAACUGCUCAAAGUUCAGCAAAUUAGUAGUACCCAAUAAUUGCAUCUAAAUAUUUAAAGGCAGGUCAUAUUUUCAUUUAGCCAAAAUGGUAAUGUAAGACAAUAUAUAAGUUACUCCAUUCAUCUCAAUGCCUGUAGGUGAAUGUGGUCUAUAAACCAUGGUAGUUCUAUGCAUAGUGUGAUGUUUUGAUAUUUAUCAUUAUAUUUUAUAGAGUAGAAUAGUGAGAGUUAUAUAAACUGUUUAUUGAACUGUGUGUGUGUGUGUGUGUUCGCGUGUAUAUGUGUGAUACUGUAAAUGUACUGUUGACAGAGAUCUGAACAUUUAGUGGGUUUUUUUAAUAGUUCCUUUUCAAUUUGAAGUUUAUAUUGAAAGAACUUUACAAGAGUAAGCCUAUCAAAAUCAAUGGACUGGAAUAAAACAGUACAUAUAUUUUGAGAUUUAAAUAAAAUUACAAAGAAUAUUGGAAUUCAAAAAAAAAAUCAUAAUUUGCAUGAUUAAAGACAUUAUAAAGACAUUAUAGUAAAAUUAAACUUAAAAUUAAAUGAUCGAAUUUGUUGAUCACUAACAUUUCUAUGUUAAGUUGUUAUAAUCGUUAUUUUAACACUUGAUGUUAUUAUGAAAGAAAUGUCAGGGAUUGAUUAAAUUGAUUUUUCAUCUGUCUGUUAUUAAAGAACCAUAAUGUCAAUGGUGUAAAGAAUAAUUAGUAGCUGUUUAGGUUAAAAGUCAUUAGACUAAGUAAAGUAAUAGUAAUAAUACUGAUGUAUGUGUAUUUAUUAAAGUCUUAACCACUGAUUCUUAUUUUAAUUGUAAUCUUUCAAUUCAUAUGACUAAGAUUAGUCAAAUAGGUGACUUAAAAUGGCUUUUUGUAACUGUAUUUUUUUGUGGUAUAGAAGAUAGAAUGUACUGUAUUUUUUUCUCAACUUUCAUUAAUAAGAGGUAGCAAAAUGCACCGUGGGAUAAUACAGUGUACAAAAUAGUGUAUUUGAAAAUAAUUUGUACUUUUUAUCAAUCUUUCCAAAUAGGUGUUUGAAAGUAUACAUUUUAAACUAUUGUACUAAUGGUUUUAGGGAUUUUCUAUAUUUUGUAUUGUUUCUGUUUCUGAACAUUUAAACACAGUAAUGUAUUAUCUUAAAAUAUUUUCUUUAUUUCACAGACAAUUGCAAUUACAUUCAGUGGAAAGGAAUGUAUUAGUUGGGCCAUCUAAUGGUACACAAUCAUAAAAAUAGACAGUUUUCACCUGUACCCUGAAUUAUCAUAUCAUUGGUAUUAUCAGCAUAAAUUAUUUAGUCAUUGAGAAAUACUAGUAAACAAAUAAGGAAAUAAAUGUUACCCGUUAGUUAUAAUGUGUUCUAUAGAAAUAUUUGUUGUUUCAUCUAGGAAGUGUCAUUGUGAAACAUGUAUGUAAGUCCAUUCAUCUGCCAAAAUGAAAAUCAUUUGAGAAAAAGUGUUAAUACUGUACUCUUACUGUAUUCGUAUCUGCGCAAAAUAUUUCUGCAAGUUAAAUACAUGUAAUACAUUCUGAAUGUUUACUUAGAACUUGACAAAUAUUUCGUUAAAAGACUGGAAUGUUGUUUGUUUUUUCAGAUCAGAGACUUAAAGUUAGCAUGAUGGAUUAGAAUAUGAAGAUUACUAGAAUAGAACUAGAUAAGUGUGACAGUGGUUUAGAUUUGUUAUUGUAAACAGUUACGUGUGGGACCUUGUAUAAAUAUUGUUGUACCAGUAAAAUAUGCUGUGUGACCUCAUUACACUCAUGUCCGUAAAUAAAUAAAAUGUUGUCAAUAAACAGAUGUGGAUGAUC